GCGAGGCGGAGGAAAGAAAAAGAGAGGGAGGACAAGAAAAAAGAAAAAAGCGAGAGGAGGGGGGAGAAGAAAGGAAGCAAUUGUCGACAUCGUCGGCGUUGCAAUCCGUUCGUUUCCCGAUCCGAUCCGAUCCAACCUUCUCCUUCCCGUCCUUCUCUCUCCUCUCUUCUUCGCGGUGCCGCUGCGCUGGAAGGCAAGAGAGGGGGGAGGGUUUCUCUUUGAGGGAGGCCGAUAGAUUAAGACAGAGAAGGGAAGAGCGGGGGAGGGAACAAUGCAUAUGAUGCGGCGGCUGAAGAGCAUUACGUCGGGGCGGCCAUCGUCCUCGGACCCUGGCGGGGACUAUGGAACCAAAAAGACAAAGGUUGAUCAAGAUGGAGGAGGCAAAAUCCUCGUGGAACCACAUAUGAGUGAAAAAAAAUCUAUUGAAUUAGAUCAUUGUUCAGCUUUGAAUCAAAUGAAUUUUGAUGCAAGCUCAUCGAGUUCUGAUCCUCCUAUGAAAAUUCAAGAAGCAACUGUUGAUCAGCUCCCAAAGGAAAUGAAUGAUAUGACAAUCAAAGUUGAUAAAGUUAAUGACCAUGAUGAGAAGGAAAAUGAUGGGAUUAUGGUAAAUGGAAAUGGAACUGAGACUGGUCAGACAAUUGUAAUAACAAUUGGUGGUCGAAAUGGUCAGCCAAAACAGACAAUAUCAUACAUGGCAGAGCGUGUGGUUGGCACUGGUUCGUUUGGUAUGGUUUUUCAGUGCUUUUUCUUGUAUCAGGCUAAGCUUGUGGAAACAGGGGAAGCAGUUGCAAUUAAGAAGGUUCUACAGGAUAAAAGAUACAAGAACAGGGAACUCCAAAUUAUGCAACUACUUAAACAUCCAAAUGUAGUUGAGCUGAAGCACCAUUUCUUUUCAACCACUGACAAAGAUGAGCUAUACCUCAACCUUGUACUUGAAUAUGUUCCUGAAACAGUUUAUCGUGUUGCAAAGUAUUAUAGCCGGAUGAACCAUCAUAUGCCUCUUAUUUUUGUUCAAUUGUAUACCUACCAGAUUUGUCGUGCUCUUUCUUAUAUCCAUCGUGUCCUAGGGGUGUGCCAUCGUGACAUCAAGCCACAAAAUAUACUGGUGAAUCCUCAGACUCAUCAAGUAAAGCUUUGUGAUUUUGGUAGUGCCAAGAAGUUGGUUCCAGGGGAGCCUAACAUAUCUUACAUUUGUUCACGGUACUAUAGAGCUCCCGAGCUUAUUUUUGGAGCUACAGAAUACACCACUGCUAUUGACAUGUGGUCUACUGGUUGUGUUUUAGCCGAGUUUCUCAUAGGGAAGCCUCUGUUUCCUGGGGAAAGCGGUGCCAAUCAACUUGUGGAGAUUCUCAAGGUAUUAGGUACCCCGACACGAGAAGAAAUUAAGUGCAUGAAUCCAAGUUAUACUGAGUUUAAAUUUCCCCAGAUAAAAGCCCAUCCAUGGCACAAGCUUUUUCAUAAACGAAUGCCCCCUGAAGCUGUUGAUCUUGUGUCAAGGUUACUCCAGUAUUCACCAAAUUUGCGCUGCACUGCUUUGGAGGCAUGUGCCCACCCAUUUUUUGAUGAGUUGAGGGACCCUAAUGCACGUCUGCCAAAUGGGCAGCCGCUUCCUCCUCUGUUUAAUUUCACAGCUCAAGAGAUUGAAGGUGUUUCUCCUGAACUAAUUCACCGCCUCCUCCCUGUGCACAUCAAGAGAAUGAUGUAGACUGGAAGCUAAGUCUUGUAGACGUUAAGCAUUUGUACAAGAAAAAGGGCAUAGUUGAAGAGAAAUCAAGAAAUUUGGUAGUGAAUAUCAAAAUGGUUUCAAUGACAAGAAUUUUGUAUUCUCUAUUGUGCAUCAAAUGUUUCAUAUGGAAGCCACGCAUCAGCCCGUUCUGGCUUAUCGUCAUACAAGGUUUCUUUUGAUGCUA